UUGUUGUGGAACGGCCCGGGAAGGCGAGCUCGUUCAACGUAUUCACCUCGGUUGCUUCCAAUUCUGUGUGAAUGGCACGCAGCUGUUCAGCUUUGCGUGUCUUGCGACAUCCCCUGACUUGUACGAUGCGUGCUGUGCUACUUUGCUAUGUGUGGGCAGCAAUGGCUGUGCGAGAUGUGCGAAACUCCAUGAGUGUGGAAGGAGGCUAUUGCAUGGCCCGUGACAAGACGAACACCGGCAUGGUUGGUAUCUGUGAAAAGAAGGCCUAUCGCGAUUGUGGUGGCGACUGUUUUUGGAAAGAUGACAAGGAUUGGGGCUUCUGCAUGGCCCGUGACAAGACAAACCAGCGCAUGGUCGGCGCUUGUGCCAAGAAGGCUCCAAGAGAGUGCCGCAGCAAAGACUGCUACUGGACAAGGAACGUCUGAGUCAGGUAGCCACACGGCCCGCAAAUUAAUGGUGAAAAGCGUCCUGGAACGUCGCCGGCCACGGGGGUGUGGGCGAAGACCAC